ACCUGCAUACACCCCGCUCUUCGCAUGCAGAGACGCCGUCGCUCCCGCACAUGGGACCCCUGCUGCGCCCCGCGACCGGGGUACGGCCCGUAUACGACGCUGCCUACCGAAAAUACUGACCGCACGCCCGUGCGUGAAGACGCUCCACCUCGCCGUUGCGACGAGUAGCCCCCCCAACGCUCCCCGUCCGCCUCCCUGGCAACAUCGCGUACAACGGGGUCUCGUCGCGCAAUUGGCGCACGCAUGAGGCGGCCCACUCUGCGAAGAUACAAAAGGAGGGGCGUGAUGGUGGACGAUUUCCCAGAUCCGCUUCUUCUUCCUAUUCCUUGACAGACUCGAGCUUCACGGCCAGUCCGCGUCGCUUCCUUCGCUUGCUCCCGCCAUUCGUUGCUCGUUUCUCUCUUCCUAUCUCGUUCUUUCGCUUUGACCACCUUCACCUACGCACAGUCAUCGCCACGAUGCUUCCCCUGGCCAUCCUCGCCGUCCUCGCCCCGCUCGCGGCGGCGCACAUGGAGAUGACCGCGCCGCCUCCGCUGCGCUCGAAGCACAACGAGCACGCGGACCAGGCGCAGGUGGACUACUCGAUGACGAGCCCGCUCGAGGCGUCCGGGUCGAACUUCCCAUGCAAGGGAUACCUCAAGGACACGACCGGGAAGGAUAGUGUGGCGUCUUGGCAGGCGGGGUCGAGCCAGCAGGUGACCCUCGAGGGCUCCGCGAUCCACGAGGGCGGCUCCUGCCAGCUGUCCAUCUCCGAGGACGAGGGCGCGACGUUCAAGGUCAUCAAGUCCUUUAUUGGUAACUGCCCCUCGAGCACGGGCCCCGUCACGCUCGACGUCGACAUCCCGAAGGACGUCAAGGACGGCGACGUCGUCUUCGCGUGGACCUGGAACAACCGCGUCGGCAACCGCGAGUUCUACAUGAACUGCGCCAUCGUCACCAUUGAGGGCGGCGGCGCUGGCCUCUCGUCCUACCCCGACAUGUUCGUCGCCCAGCUCUCGGACAUCAACUCCUGCACCGUGCCCGAAGGCGUCGACGUCGACUACCCGGCCCCGGGCGACCAGGUCGAGCGCGCGGAUGGCGACGAUGCCAUCGGCGCGCCCGCGGGCGACUGUGGCGCCGCGGGUGGUAGCGGUGGCAGCACGUCGGCGACGUCCGCAUCUGCGCCUGCGACGUCCGCAUCUGCGCCAGCGACGUCCGUGUCUGCACCUGCUGGCUCGGCGUCGGCGUCUGUCUCUGCGUCGAUCUCGGUGUCCGCGCCGAUUUCUGGCUCGGAGCCCGCGUCGACGUCCGCCGCCGCGACCUCUGCCCCUGCGUCGGGAUCCGCCCCUGCCUCAGGGUCAGCAUCCGCCACUGGGUCAGCGCCAGCUUCCGGGUCUGCCUCUGCUACCUCUGCGCCUGUGUCAGGCUCUGCAUCUGCCACAGACUCUGCCCCCGCCUCCUCUUCCGCCACCGCGUCUGGCUCUGCGUCCUCCUCAUCCUCCGCCCCCACCUCUGCCCCCGCCUCAGGCUCUGCCACGGCCUCCGCCCCCGCGUCCUCCUCCUCCGCCCCCUCCGGCGGCGACUCCUGCACCGAGGGCGCAAUCCGCUGCGACUCUGCGAGCACGUGGUCGCAGUGCGGGUCGGGCGCGUGGCAGAGCGAGGGCGCGGUGCCCGGGGGCAUGACGUGCAAGGACGGCGCGAUCGUGCCCGCGGGGUCGCGCAGGCGCGCGGUGAGCGCGCACAGGCGGCACUGGGGGAGCCGGGGGCAGCUGUGAGCGCCUUCCUCCUCUUACAGCUUUUGAAGGAGAAACCUGAAGCAUGGCGAGAUACGAAGAAAAGAGAAGCCCAGUAACGACUCUGUCAGCAGAUUCGCCACUCGCUCGCUACCUAUUUAUUGCUACUUAUUCUCUAUUGCAUCCUGAGGAUGUACUCGUGCUGCGAUAGUUCGUGUCUGUGUUGAACUUGUAUAUAUCGGUGCUGCACUUGUGUAUAUCGGUGUUGCGAUCGUAUAUAUUGGUGCUGCGAUCGUAUUCAUCGGUGCUGCGAACGUCAUUGUCCACGUCCGUUUUGUUCGAGGUCUUGUUUAGAUUGUUAUGGAAGUGAUCGAAUGCAUAC